GGGAGCUGCGCGCUAAACACUAAUUGACGAGACUGCACUACCAUGUCCCAAAUAUUGGAAGACCAUACUUGUCGUUCCGCUCUAGGAGCACUGUAUAGUGGUAUCUCUAGACUACUCCAAGCACAGCUUCCGAGAGCUAAGAUCAAGGAUUUAGGGUCAGGUAUGUCCUAAGUCCGUUUCUGACAAAUGAAUCAACCUCGAAGUUUUGAUAUCGAAUGAUUGCCACCGUCGAUCCAAUGAAUGAUCAUGGAUGCCGAGGUCGAUUGCCUAAUCUGGCCUAGUCUCCGCAAAGGUGGUGGGCCAUGAGAAAAGUCCAAAAGAGGCUUAGUCUCCGCUACAGAUGGCGAUAACAUUGGCAUCAAAGUGCAUGAAAUUGGAUAUAAAAAGAGGAAAGGCAUGUCGGUGUGAGCUGUAGUUGUAAUAACCAUCCUUAAUUUCCAUAAGUACUCCCCACUAUGCCGUUCCCUUACACAAAAGUCCUCGUGAUCGGUGCCACAUCAGGCAUUGGCAAAGCACUGGCUACUAAGCUCGUGCAAAAUGGUACCCAGGUUGUCAUUGCUGGGAGGAGGAAGGAGAACUUGGAAGAGUUCGUCCAGGAGUAUGGCAGUGAGAAGGUCAAAUCCAAAGUUUUCGAUGUCAUGAAUCUUGAAGCAAUUCCCCAGUUUGCUUCAGAAGUGAUUUCUGAAAACCCUGGCCUUGACUGUGUCUUCAUCAAUUCCGGAAUCCAGCGGCCAUUUGAUUUCGCAAACCCCGAGAGCGUCGAUCUGGACGUUUUCGACCAAGAAUUGAUCACGAACUAUACAUCUGCAGUUCGUCUCACUAAGGCAUUCCUCCCACACCUGCAAAAACAACCAACCCAGACAGCCAUUGCAUUUACCACAUCACAAAUGGCUCUUGUUCCAAUGAUGCGCUGUCCGAAUUACGGUGCCUCAAAGGCCGCACUGCACCAUUUCAUCCUCGCCCUACGUACGCAACUGCAGGACGGACCCGGGAAUGUGAAGGUGCUGGAGAUAUAUCCGCCUGCUGUGCAGACCGAGUUGCACGACGCAAAGCACCAGCCGGAUCUGAAAGACGGCCAUCUCAUUGGAAUGCCGCUGCAGGAAUUCAUCGACGAAGUGUGGGCCAAGCUAACCCAAGGCGAGGAACAAAUCCCGGUCGGAUCAGCCAAGGAUAUCUUUGAGGCGUUCGAGGUUCAGAGGCAAGGGAUAUAUCAGCAGAUGACUGAGAUGCUGGCGGGUUUGCUCAAGCAAUUCUUGCGAUGAGCGAUCGACUUGUUGGAUGUGAAUUAGAGAUAGACCAUUCAGCAACGCCGAAUCUUUGUUCCAUGUCUAUGAGUAGUGUUCAUUCGCCUUAGCUCUCAGUAGGUCUUGUAACCUGUAACAGGCGGGUAAGGUACGUCGGAAACAGCUUUGCCUUUACAUGCAGCCAAUAUCAGAGCACUGAAAGGCGAGAUACCAUGGACCGCACCCGACUCUAGCAAUGUCGAAUACUGUUGCAAGGAAACCAUGUUUUCUAAAGAUACAGGCGUUGUGUCAUCCCAGUCCUCAUGUUCUGUAUCCCACAGGGGGGUGCGAACAUCGAAAGGUAAUGAGUCGACAAACGGAGUGCGGACG